CACAAUCACUAGUUCCGGUUACAUGUUAGUAGUCAGUGCCAGACAGAGAACAGAGAACAGAGAACAGUCGGUGCAGUAACAUCACUACAUCCGAGACACAUCACUGUCUCAGCUCAGCCAUCAUCAUCAUCUCUCUACAGGAAGCAUCUGAACAACAAGCUGUAAAAUGUGUGGUAUCUGGGCUUUGUUUGGCAGCGGUGAGUGUCUGGCUGUUCAGUGCACCAGCGCCAUGAAGAUCGCUCACAGGGGCCCCGACGCCUUCCGCUUUGAGAACGUUAACGGCUUCACCAACUGCUGCUUUGGCUUCCACCGGUUGGCUAUCGUGGACCAGCUGUAUGGGAUGCAACCCUUACGCAUCAAGAAGUUUCCUUUCUUGUGGCUCUGCUACAACGGAGAGAUUUACAACCAUCAAACGCUGAGGAAGCAGUUUGACUUUGAUCACCAGACUAAAGUGGAUGGUGAGAUUUUGCUCCAUCUGUACGACCGCUUCGGCAUCCAGAAGAUGACUUCGCUCCUGGACGGUGUCUUUGCUUUUAUUCUGCUGGACACCUCCAACAGAAAAGUCUUUCUGGGAAGAGACACGUACGGUGUCCGUCCUCUGUUCAAAUUCCUUGCAGACGAUGGAUUUCUUGCAGUCUGCUCAGAAGCCAAAGGUCUUACAGACAUCACCCAUGCAACGGCUACCCCUGCCGACAUAGUUCCCCUUCUCCCCGGGCACUUUGAGGUCUUUGAUUUGAAGCAGAAUGGCAAAGUGCAGUCCAUUCAGAUGGAGCAGUUUCACUGCUGCACCAAAGAGCCUGCUCACGCCAACUACGACUCUGUGGAGAGACUGCCCACAAGUUUCGACGAGGAAACGGUGAAAAGCAACAUCAGAACCCUGUUUGAGAACGCUGUGAGGAAACGUCUCAUGGCUCACAGGAGAAUUGGAUGUCUUCUGUCAGGUGGUCUGGACUCCAGUUUGGUUGCCGCUACACUGGUGAAGCUGGCCAAGGAGGAGAAGCUGCAGUAUCCCAUCCAGACAUUUUCAAUCGGGUCAGAGGACAGUCCGGACAUCAUAGCUGCUCGUAAGGUUGCAGCUCACAUCGGUAGCGAACACCACGAGGUGAACUUCAGUGUAGAAGAAGGCAUCCAAGCUAUAGAGGAAGUCAUCUAUCACCUGGAGACCUAUGACAUCACCACCAUACGGGCCUCUGUUGGGAUGUAUCUGGUUUCAAAGUACAUCAAGGAGAAGUCGGACAGUGUGGUGAUCUUCUCUGGAGAGGGCUCUGAUGAGUUGACUCAGGGAUACAUUUACUUCCACAAGGCCCCAAACCCCAAAGCAGCUGCAGAGGACAGUGUUCGACUGAUGAAGGAACUCUACCUGUUCGAUGUCCUCCGUGCCGAUCGCACCACUGCUGCACACGGUCUGGAGCUCAGAGUGCCUUUCCUGGACCACAGAUUCACAGCGUACUACCUGUCUCUGCCUGAGGAGAUGAGGAUUCCUAAGCACGGAGUGGAGAAGCAUCUUCUGAGGGACUCCUUCAAAGAUCUCAACCUGAUCCCGGAUGAGAUCCUGUGGAGGCGCAAAGAGGCCUUCAGUGACGGCAUGACGUCGAUGAAGAAGUCCUGGUACAUCUGCCUGCAGGAGCACCUGGAGUCUAUAGUGAACGACGACCAGCUGGAGAAGGCUCACAAGACGUUCCCUCACUUCCCUCCGUGCACCAAAGAGGCCUACUAUUUCAGACAGGUGUUUGAGAAGCAGUACCCAGGCCGCGCUACCUGGCUCUCCCAUUUCUGGAUGCCACGCUGGACCAACGCUACCGACCCGUCGGCCCGGACCCUGGCCAUCUAUAAACCUGAUAAAGACCAGUGAUUCACUUUUCUGUCAGUUAGCACUAAGUUUGGCCUUCUUAGAACAUUUUACAUGUGUCAUGCUUUACUUUACCUUACUUGUUAGGAAAUAGUUAUACUGAGCUUAUUAUUAUUAUGUUUUACACAUUUUAUUGGGGGUAUUAGAUGGUGGUAUACAAAAUCUUGUAAAGGUACAAUAUUUCCAUUUUGUCAUAUUAAACAAAUCACACACACAAAACCUGCCAGAAGAGGGCGUGGUUGUACCUUGAUCUCUAGAACUUUAGUAUCAGAACAUAUCACCAUAGGAAGGAUAUAAGGAUAUUUUACUAACCCGUUUUUACUAACAUGCAUCCUACUGUAUGGACAACUUUAAACUGAAUAAGACUAUAAGUCUGGGGCAAGAUGUUGAGGUAUUUACCCUAUGCAGUGCACCUACCCACCAAUCCUCUGUUAAAUCCAUCCUCAAUUCACUUCCUCAUUUAGUUUUAUUUCAGUCGUAAUCUGAUAGUAAACAUCAGAGAUCAGUUCUCUCUGAGUUGGAUGUGUUUCUGGUUGUUUUUCCACAUAAUGUCUUACAUGGGAGGCCUUUCCUACGACGGUAUGGAGGCCACAAAGUGACAGAUCUGAAAGUGUCUGAAGAGAUCUGAAUGGGCCGGAUCAUAGAGGUCUCUGAAACUCUUCUUCUCCACUGUGAAGGGGUUGUGUUCACUAUAGAACGUGGGAAUAAGUGAUUAUUAUUAUAGAGAAGAAUGAUACUUUUUUGAAUGUUAGUUGCCCAAAAAUAAUAAUAAAUCAAUGCUGAGCU